CAGGCUGAGCCGCGACGUGUUUACACCGUCGGGAGUUUCCUGCGCCACAGGAAGUGAACGUGGAGGCUUUGAUGCUCGGUCGGCGCUAGCGAGUAGGCCGAGAAGACGCCGAAGCGAUGACGACGGUUCAACAGUAACCUCCUGCUCCUCUUGAGAGAAGAAAAGGUGGGAGUGCCUGCGCGCAAGUGUUUUAUGGAGCGUACGAUGGCACGGAGAAAACUAGAGGCUUCUGUUCAAGGAGGAGGUGGUAAUGGUGUCGCCGCCUUCUCACGCUGCUGUCCAGGAGGUGGUGAUGGCAAUGGUGUCGCCGCGUUUUCACGCUGCUGUCCAGGAGGAGGUGAUGGCGAUGGUGUCGCCGCCUUCUCACGCUGCUGUCCAGGAGGAGCUGGGGAGUUCUGUGGAGCCACCCCGGAGCUGGAGAGACUUCGGGAUGGCUGUGAGGGUGGCGGUCUUGGCUCUGGUCCUUCUCUCAAUCAUCCUCUUCGCUCCUGAGGGCUCCCAGCCGCUUCAGGACCUGGAGUCAUUGGUGACCAAUCCACGGCUGCCUCCUGACCAAGCCUCGGUGGCGACCAGUCCCUGGUCGUCUUGCAACCACGGCGUGGGAGGUUCUCGUCCGGAGCAGUUGCCUGCCUCGGCCUGGUUCCUGCUUCGUCGUUUGGUUCCUCACAGAGGUCGUCCGCCCGAAUCGCCCCUUGGGGACCCUGGUGCUUGGCGUCCGGGUCGUCCUCCUGACCUGUCCACCCGGACGCCUGCCGUUUGGUGGCCUGGACACCCCUUCCGCCCACCCCUGCCUGUGUUAAUUAUUGUCUGUUUCUUUCGUUUAGGCACGUCUGGGAGCCGUGACUUUGAGGGGGGGUACUGUCAUGAUCCUGGCGCUCCAGCCUGGGCUGUGCGGGUGUCCGCGCGGUUGCUCUGAUUGGGAGGUGCGCCUCAUACAGCCUGAUUAUGCUGUGUAUUUAUAUGACCCUGAUGACGACUGGCCGGCGCCAGUUCGUUGAGCUUCAUGUCCCGUUCCAGCACUCUCGUAUCCCUGAUUGACAACCUGUGUGUGUACCGACACCUGCCCGCUCACCUGCUCUCUUCUCCCGACGUCCCAACUGCCGCUGCUGCACCGAACUGCCUGCUCGAUCCCUGACCUCGGCAUAUAAUAAACAUUUCUCCUUGAACUACCUUGCA